AUGUCACAAGGUGGUGCUUAUCCACAUGUCGCUUCAUCCGCACCACUUCUUCCUAUGGACAUUCAAUUCAACUGGGCAUUGCCAUCAGAUGAUGAUGUGUUUAUUGAUAGACUUAAGUCAACAGCCAACGCCAUUCUACAAGCAGCAAUUGAUGAUGGCCAAAAUGUUGGUGGACCGAAACAGAUUCUCUAUCCAAAUUAUGCUCUCGAAGAUACACCUCUCGAGCAAAUGUACGGCAAAAAUGUUCCUAAACUUCGACGCAUCCGCAAAACAUGGGAUCCCAACAACGUCAUGUGCCUUUCUGGAGGUUUUAAGUUUUGA